AUGAUACUGCUGCUGGAUGGUGGUUGCCUAGCAACACCCUCUUCCAGAAGCACAAGCACUCGCUGGGGUGACCUUUCGGCCGCAGAUGUGAUGACCCCACCUCUGUGUGCGGAAAUUGUUGCCACUGGGCCGCCUAGACCGACGAAACAACGGUAUCGGCAGGACACGGAAAGCUCUACAUCAGAAACGGUUCCUAUUGAUGACGAGACUCGACAGGAGCAUGCCACCCUCAUGGGCCUACCCAUGAGGGUGGCAUGCUCCUGUAAUGCUCCUGUAACGCCGGUGGUAUGCGAAAGAGUUUUUCACUUCCAUGCAAUCAUCCUCGCGGUGCCGGAUGGAAAACACGAGCCAUCACACUCCGCGGUUGGAUAUCCCAAUCGAUAUAUCCCGGUGGAUAAUCGUCGUCGAAGGAAAAGGCAUGAGAGACUGCAACUGGGAGUUCUCACUCAGGACGAUCUGAAGCGAGCUGAAGAACUACUGUGGAAGGUCGCUCAAAAGGAGGUAUUUGCGGAAGAAUUGUCGAUUCUCGCUAAGACACAGGAACCACCCGAGAAACGACACUGUAUUGUGUCCAGAUCCAGCGCUAUUUACAAAACAUGGCCAUUCAUGGACGAACGUGGGAUCUUGAUGAUUGGCAGAAUCAGUAUGGCUCCUUACAUACCAAAAGAACCUAAAUUUCCCGCAAUUUUGCGGAGAAAAUACCCAACGACAUUUCUGGUCAUUGACUGGUAUCCCCGUCGCUUCAACCACGCACAUCGGGUAACAAUCAUGAACGAGAUCCGUCAACGAUUUGAGAUUCCGAAGCUUAGAUCGAUGGUGGAGAAGGUUACAAAGAAUUGUGUUCCAUGCCGUAUUAAUAAAGCUGCUCUGAACCCUCCACCAACGGCUUCACUACCAGCGGUGCGUCUUACCUCAUUCUUACGUCCUUUUUCAUUCGUUGGGCUCGACCACUCCGGACCGGUAUUCGUAAGAGUUAAUCGAAGUCUCGCAAAACGGUGGAUUGCGCUGUUCACAUGUCUGACUGUUAGAGCAGUGCACAUGGAAGUGGUGCAUUCUCUCAGUACGGUAUCCUGCAUCAUGGCCGUUCGUCGUUUUGUUCCAGGAUGCCAGCAAAGAGCUCAAGGAGGAAAUUGUCAGUCAGUCAAGGUACUGGAUGCGACCCGCAAACUCGAUGAUGAAACCUUGGAGACAGUUAUCCUAGAAGCUGUGGCCAUGAUCAAUAGUGAACCGCUCACCUUCGUAACAAUGGAGACAGCUGAUCAGAAGGAUCUUUUCAACCACUUUUUGUUGGGCGGCUCUACUGGAGUGAAAACUCUUCUUGGAAGGCACUAA